AUGGCCCCCUGUCCCCAGCCUAACUCCUACCCGGCUGGCAGUCUGGGCCUGAUAUGUUUGUCCCUUUUGCUCAUCCCUGCUGCAGCUGGAACCUAUUGUGAAUGCAGCCUUGGCCUCAGCAAAGAGGCUCUCAUUUCCCUCAUUGUGCUGCUGGCCGGUGUUAGUGCCAGCUGCUUCUGCGCCCUCAUCGUCGUGGCAAUUGGCGUCUUUCGAGCCAAGGGUGAAACAUGUCCCGGACACAUGGACAGGAGAUUAGUGGGGCACUUCGGGGUCCAGGAAGAUCGCAUGGACCUGCACUCGGUGCACGUGGAGUCCCACCUCAUGGACCCUGAUGUGGAGGUCUCCAUGAUGCCGUCCCUGGAGGACCAGCGCCUACUGACCAUCCCAAUGGAGUCUUCCAGAGAGGAUUCACCUCCACCCCCACCCCCACCAAUACAGUAG